AUGGCCAGCAUGACGCUUCCAGAGCUUUCCGUGGAAGAUUUGGACGCUCCCAAUCCGUGGAGCGUCACUGUUCUCGAAUACCGCCAAACCGCCAGAGGUGUUAUUGGUGGUUUGGUGGAAGCAACGCGCAGUGACAAAGAUCAGCUACAUUCAGCGGCUGCGGAAAAGUGGGCCGUGGACCCGGAUGCGGCCGUGGCGCUGGCAAAUCCAGCACCCGGGCUGCAAAUCAAACACCCGGACUGGAGGCUCCUGAGAUUGGUGCUGCACCAACCGGGUCCAGCUCCAAGUGGUGCAAAACCCGUACCCGUGUGCUGGUUUUCGGCCACACCGGAGCCAAUACCAGCGAAGAUGCACAAGGAUGUUACGGUGAGACUUGCGAAUGAUUCUGACUGGCCGCAGUGGGAAGCCCUUUUCCGCGAAUAUCGCAUCUCCCAGAUUCCGGGAGGGUCACCGCCCUUCACGGAUGACAAGACUGCAACUGACGCAGUUUGGGCGCUGUGUGCUGACGCGCCCCCCCCAUCUUCGAAGCAUGGCUGGAGGGGCCGGCUGCUGGUGGCCUAUUCCAGCAGCCUUUUUCUGGGUGCCGCCCACGUCAUUCUGCAGCCACGACCCAGUUCGGUCGACGCCUGGGAUGCCGAAAAUCCUCAAGCCUGGCGCGGAUUUCUGCAGGACAUUUUUGUGGCGCCAGCAGCAUCAGGCAAUGUCUUUCUACGGAGGUAUGGAACUACUCGGAGAUGUAUGACACGACAUCGUGACAAGAAAAAGAAACAGAGAUGUAGCCAUGCCUAUGUACCGACCCUGACGGCCCUGACGCUGACGGAGCUGAUCAUGGCAUCCUAUUCAAAGUCAUCGGCCAAGGCUGGCAGCAACGUUGGUGGAGGUGGCUGGGCGAAAGCCAAGCACCAAUCUGCAGGAGGAGGCGGUAGCACUUUGGAGCGGAUUCAGCAGAUCGAGUUGGAGAUCUCCAGAACGCAGAAGAACAAGGCAACAGCCAAACAUCUUGGAGAGCUCAAGGCCAAGUUGUGCAAGCUGAAGCGUGAUUUGCUGGAACCUUCGGGCGGAGGUGGCGGCAAGUGUGCAGGCUUCGAGGUGCAGAAGAUUGGAGAUGCACGCAUUGGACUUGUUGGCUUUCCUUCAGUCGGGAAGUCUUCCUUGCUCACAGCUCUCACCGGCGUACAGUCGGAGGCUGCUGCAUACGAGUUCACCACAUUGACCUGCAUCCCGGGGGUGAUCUACUACAAUGACGUUCGCAUCCAGCUCUUAGACUUGCCCGGGUUGAUUGUUGGUGCUUCCACUGGGAAAGGUCGUGGACGACAAGUCAUUGCAACGGCCAAGUCUUGCGACAUCAUUUUGAUGGUCUUAGAUCCCACAAAGGAUGAUGCGCAAAAGGAGAUGCUGACAAAGGAGUUGGAGAAUGUCGGCAUCCGAUUGAAUCGGAAACCUCCGGAUGUGACAGUGCGACAAACGAAAGGAGGAGGAUUGAAGUUCCAGGCGACUGUUCCACUGAACCAUUUUGACGAAGAGGUUUGUGCAACAGUGCUGAAGCAGUACAAGAUGCACAACGCUGAUGUGUUGGUUAGAGAGGACAUCACAGUAGAUGAUUUCAUCGACGUCAUUGACGGAAAUCGAAAGUAUUGUAAAUGUAUUUACGUGUACAACAAGAUAGAUUUGUUGAAACUCGAAGAAGUGGAUGAGCUGGCUAGAAGACCACAAUCCGUGGUCGUUUCAGUUCAAAACAAAUGGAAUUACGAGUUUCUCCUGCGUAGAUUGUGGGAUGAGAUGGAAAUUCUCAGGGUCUACACCAAGAAGAAAGGCCAGUUUCCAGACUUCUCGGACCCUAUCAUCAUCACUCCACAGCGCGGAAACAAGCAGUUUACGGUUGAAAACGCCGUGCUGCUGUUGCACAAAUCGCUGCUGGAAGACUUCAAGCAUGCCCUCGUGUGGGGCAGCAGCGUCAAACAAUCUCCCCAGGUGUGUGGCAAGGAUCACAUUUUGCAUGACGAAGAUGUGAUCCAAAUUGUGAAGCUCACAUCGGCGGAGAAGGCUAAAGCGCUCCACGGCAAAAAGACAGGAGCAUUGGGGGAUCAUUAUUUCGGUAUCACCAACGUUGUGGCCCGGGUUUUUCUCAAUCGCCUCAUUGACUCGUCAAUCAAUCCAGAGCUCCCAUGGGCCGCGCUGAUGGCGCCAUUAGCGCUUCGGCAACACACCAAAGUCAUCUCCCAGCUGGGCAGCUUGGGAACUUGGACCAAAGUCUUGCAGCUGCUGGGGAAGAUGCGCAGCAUGCGGGUGCAACCCAAUGUCAUUACCUACAAUUCCAGUAUCCAUGCAUGCGGUCGAAGCUCUGUGUGGCAGCAUGCACUGGCCUUGCUAGAUGAGAUGAAACAAGCCUCUUUGCAACCUGCUGCUCGCUUGAUUUAUCAUGAUUUAUCUGGAACCGCCAGUGAGGGUCGAAACAGCAGAAGGGUACGCGCCUCGCAUUUGACCCUACCCCAAUGGUUUCGCAUAUGA